AUGUCGACGGUAUCAUUAUUUUAUUCUAUUGCACAUAAUCUAUUUCAGUUUGGAGGUCCAAUACUAGCAAGUGUUGGUACUAUUAGUUGCAUAUUGAAUUUAAUGGUAUUUACAAAAAGUAGUUUACGAAAAAAUCCAUGUGCAAUAUGCUUGAUAGCAGUUAAUAUUAGCAAUUUCAUGUUUAUAUAUUUUGGUCUACUUUUUACAAUACUUGCAACUGGUUACAAUAUUGAUCCUAGUUCAUACAACAUAUUUUGUUGUCGAUUUCGAUUCUAUAUAGCUACGGUUCUUCCAUGCUAUGAAUCGUCUUGUCUUAUUUUAGCAUCUAUUGAUCGCACAUUACUUACGUCAUCAAAUGCAACAACACGCCAACGCAGUACAUGUCGUGCAACUAUUAUAAGUAUAAUUAGUAUAUGUUUCUUUUGGACAGUUUUUCAUGUUCAUGCAUGGAUUUACACACAAAUUCUAGAAUAUGAACCUAAUUACUUUGUUUGUUUUAACCAACCAGGUGCAUAUACUGUAUUCAUAACCUACUAUUCACUUACAAUCAAUGGAAUUCUUCCACCUACACUCAUGGUAAUAUUUGGAUGUUGGACAGUGAAAAAUAUUCGUCAAGCACGUCGUAUAGGACAGCGUUUAAUAGCAGUACAUACUGGCAUUGUUGCAGUUGGUAGACCACAUAUACUACAAUCUAAAGAUCAACAACUUAUUCGAAUGUUACUUGUAGACACAAUUACCUAUGUUAUAUGUAAAUCUCCACUAAUAAUCCUAUAUAUCUAUGAACAAAUUACGCAGUAUACAGAAAAGAGUGCAGAACAGCAAGCUAUUGAACAGGCGAUUUUACAAAUAACAUACUUUUUAUUUUUUACUGAGAGUUGCAUUGGUUGUUAUACAAAUAUCUUGGUAUCGAAAACGUUUCGCAAAGAACUAAAGCGUAUUCUAACGAACACUCGGUUAUAA